UGACGUCACAGCUGCUGAAUCUGGUUUGGCAAGAUUUACUGAAAGAAGGGCGAGGAGGAGGAAAGAGCAGAAGGACAAGAGAGCGAAGAGAACUUGAAAUUGACCUCAUCAGAUCUUGGAUUUCACAUUUUCAUCGACGUCUUUCAACCUACUUGCGUGUCAGCUUUGAAACCUACAUUAACCAGGAACAGGCCUCUUCAGCGUCCACAGCCCGGGCCGGGCCAGACUCAGAGAUGAACUGGUCGGGACUGGAGAGCCUGCUGAGCGGAGUGAAUAAGUACUCCACAGCCUUCGGAAGGAUCUGGCUCUCCAUGGUGUUUGUGUUCCGAGUGCUGGUGUUUGUGGUGGCGGCGCAGAGGGUUUGGGGCGACGAGAGCAAGGACUUUGUGUGCAACACCCGGCAGCCGGGCUGCACCAACGUCUGCUACGACCACAUCUUCCCCAUCUCCCACAUCCGUCUGUGGGCCUUGCAGCUCAUCUUCGUCACCUGUCCCUCACUCAUGGUGAUGGCCCACGUCAAGUACCGGGAAGGAAAAGACAAGAAGUACGUGGCGCUUCACAAUGGCUCACACCUGUACGCCAACCCCGGCAAGAAGCGCGGCGGCCUGUGGUGGACUUACCUGCUGAGCCUGGUCUUCAAGGCCGGCUUCGACAUCGCCUUCCUCUACAUCUUGUUCCGUAUCUACCAUGGAUAUGACCUGCCCAAGCUGUCCAAGUGCCGGCUGGACCCUUGCCCCAACACUGUCGACUGCUUCAUCAGUCGCCCCACUGAGAAGAAGAUCUUCAUGCUGUUCAUGGUCACCUCGAGCGCCCUCUGCAUCUUCAUGUGCUUCUGCGAGAUGGUCUACCUGGUCGGCAAGCGCAUCAGCAAACUGCUCAAGGUCCGUCACGAGAACGAGAGGCUCAUCUUCGCUGAGAGACACGAACUCACCAACAUGGCCCCGCCCAGAUCCACGUACAGGAAGGACCCCACGCUGGGGAGCACCAUCAGCCUGAGCAAGCGGGACAAGGCCAAGGAGAUGGGCGCCAGCACCACACUUUAGGAGGAGAGCCCCCUCCACUGGACCCCACUGAGGACGCACGGACUCCAGUAGAAGCCUCCUCAGCGCCCGGCGCCCUUUUGGUGCCUUUCUGUGCGUUAUAUUGAACACUGUGUUGCUUGUGCUACUGAGGAAGGGGGUGUCUCCAUGUUUCAAAAGCAUCAUCCUCGGGACCGUUUCUGUCAGGGAGCUAUAUAUUUUUGUGUAUUUAUUGAACAGUGAGGAUGGGCCCGUUCCGUGCAAGACACUGGCCCUCUCGUGACGGGCUGUCAAGACCAGCACAGACACCACUGUUCACUCACAUCUUUUCACACCUGGAAGCCUCUUCAGCGCCAGGCCCCUCCAACCAUUUACAGCUGUUUAAUGGAACAAUAAAAUGCUGUCCGUC